GUAGUCGCUUGUGCUCAUUGAAGGUACUGUGCCUUGCGAUGAAAAUCUGACGCGCCAUGUUGAAAAGCCUGGUUUAUGGCCUUCUUGGCCUCGUAGCUAUCUCCCAGGUCGUGGCUCAAGACGAACCUAUCGUCGAUGACUCUUUCUCUUUUGGACAGGCGCCAGCAGUGUACCCUACCCCUGAGCUAUCAUCAGAUGGCCGUUGGCCAACUUAUCUGCGGGCACCACUUCUAAUACUGGUUGCAGCAGUUGGAUUUCCCGGCAUACCUCGACUCAGGUUUCCUGAGAUGUGCCUCGUGGACUCGGGCAACAGCGUGCGUGGAACUGACUACGUCAGUGCCUUCCCGCCGGGAACCCACGUUGGCGCAAGCUGGAACAAGGAGCUUGCGCAUAGAAGGGCCUAUCACAUGGGCCGAGAAGCUAAGAUCAAGGGCGUCAGCGUUCUGCAUGGCCCUUCCAUCGGCCCUAUCGGCCGCGUCGUAUCGGCUGGUCGAAACUGGGAAGUACAUGAAACAGUGGAAGGAAUUCAGGAGAAUGGAGUCAUAACCAGCACCAAGCACUUCAUCGCUCAAGAGCAGGAGACACACCGACUGUCCACUCGAGACGAUGGUCCUUUUCAGGAGGCUAUCUCGUCCAAUGUAGAUGAUCGGACAAUGCAUGAGCUCUAUCUCUGGCCUUUCUACGAUGCAGUUAAAGCUGGCACGGCCAAUAUUAUGUGCUCUUACAACAGACUCAACAACUCUUACGUCUGUAAGAAUAGCAAGUCGCAAAAUGGCUUGCUUAAGGAGGAGCUUGGCUUCCAGGGGUGGAUCGUGAGCGACUGGGGCGCAAUGAAGGGAGGCGUUGUCUCUGCACUGAGUGGACUUGACGUGGCUAUGCCUAACGGGGCUGGCAAAUUUGGAUCAUCAUUGGUCGAGACAGUUAGCAACGGAUCCCUUCCAGAGGCGCAGAUUGAUAACAUGGCCGACUCUUUCGACAGCGCUGUUGAGGGCCAUGUUCUUGUCAAGAACGAGAAGAAUGCGCUACCAUUGCGUUCCGAAAACAUGAAGCUGAUCUCUCUCUUUGGCUAUUCCACCCGCGCACCCAGCAGUAACACGCCGGUCCCUGCAGCGAAUGGUACCCGAUUCGCAUCAUGGGAGAUGGGCAUCCGGUCCGCCAACAUCACAGAGGUCGACCUGGGUUGGUUCGGUAACCUCGAUCUUCCAACAUCUGACAUUGCAAUCAACGGGACUGUCAUCUCUGCUGGCGGCUCGGCGGCGCCCUCGUGGAGCUUGAUUAGCGCCCCUUGCGAUGCUCUCUCCGGAGAUCCUUCCAUCAACCCAAAUUCCGAUGUCUGCAUUGUCAUCGGUAAUGUCUGGGCAACAGAAGGGUAUGACCGCCCUUCGCUGCGCGACCAGUACACUGACAUGCUCAUAUUAAAUGUGGCCAACAAGUGUGCCAACACGAUUGUGGUCUUCCAUAAUGCUGGACCACGCCUCGUCGACUCCUUCAUUGAACACCCCAAUGUCACAGCUGUCAUCUUUGCUCAUCUUCCUGGCCAAGAUAGUGGAAGAGCAUUGAUCUCACUUCUCUACGGCCAAGAAAACUUCUCCGGCCGUCUUCCGUAUACUGUUGCCCGAAACGAGUCCGACUACGGCGAUUUACUGAAGCCUGAUUACACGUCUCGAGGCUCGAACUUUGCGGAAGGUACUUUCGUGGACUACCGUGAUUUCGACUCCAAGAAGGUCGACCUACGUUUCGAAUUUGGUUUCGGUCUGAGCUACACAAGUUUCGACUACUCUUCUCUCAAUAUCUCCAAGGCCAAUGGCAAUUUUGUCGUCGUGGAAGCGGACGUGACAAACAACGGAAAGGUCGACGGAAAGGAAGUCGCGCAGCUAUAUCUCGGCAUUCCCGGCGAUGAUCACACGCCACUGAAGCAGCUCCGGGGUUUUGAGAAGCAACUGAUAAAAGCAGGUGAGACAGCUACUGUGAAAUUUCCCCUGAGACGCAGAGAUCUCAGUGUAUGGAAUGUUGACGCACAAAAAUGGCACCUUCAGGAGGGGGGGUACAGAGUUUUCGUUGGCAAAACCAGCCGAGAUCUACCAUUGAAGGGUAUUCUGGUCCUUUGA